GAUAAAGGGGAGCGAGCCGCGAACCAUGGCGAACUAAAACGGAACCACGAUCCACGAAGUCAGACAUCACCGCGAAGUCCAGUUUGGAAGGUCAGCAGCUCUAUACCGUUAUAUCUAUGAGCCUAUGAUGCUAUGUUGCACAUAUGUUGUCCAGCCAGCGAUUGCUGAGGCGCUUCUUCAAGUUGGCAUUCCCAAAUUCGCGGCUGCGACACAGACACGCUUUUUCGGUUCUAAGUUCAAAUUACAUUGCUGAUGGCCCUAAAAGUCAUGCUGCGGCACACAGCGACUUGUUUACGUGGUGGAAGACGAGGAGGCUCCGAGCCUGCCUGAGCCAGGGCCGAGGGUCUGGCGAGCAUGAAGGCAGCGCUCCAGCACCAAAUGUGGUCGCUGGUGCUAGCGCUCCUGUCAACUCUUGCACUACAGGCUUGUGGAGCCGCGACAAGCUGCCAAGCCGGGGAACACGUGGCGCUUGUUGCCUACGCUGCGGCGCAGACCUCCGCUGUUGAAUUGCAGGAUGGACGGGCGUCCAGUCCAUUGCGAGUCAGCGUGCCAGCAGCGUACGCGGCAUGGCUGCGCGCGCGGCUGCAGCUCCUUCCCCCCUACCUGGCCACGGCUUUGGUUGGCGCCGGAGGUGGCGCCGACGGUGGCGGUGGCGACGGGCUCAACGGCACUGGUUACACCGCUUCUGCUAGCGGCGCGGAUGGCGACCCUGCAACUUUGCUUUUCUACAUCAUGGCGGCAUCGACAGCCGACGGGGCGGCAGCGCCUACAGUGACGUUGAUGCCGGCCAAGACGGCUGGCAUGCCGGCGCCGAGCGGCACAUCACCGGUAGCACUCGAGACCCCGCCGGCUGCUUCUACCCCGCCUCCUGCAACAGAUGGCGAUGCCGCCGACGCUUGGUUGGUGCCGGCGCACGAGCUCUCAGAGCUGAUGGCGCGCGGCGUGGCGGCUGAUGUGGGUCGGCUGCUUCAGGCCGACCGGAGCUCGGGUUGGUGGGAUGUGGCGCCUCAGUACCGGGAGGCGCUGGCGCUGUACGGGGGCACAGUGGCGGCGGUGCCUCUGGGCGCGGGGCCGCUGCUCAUGUUCGUGCGCUCGGACGUGCUGGCGGCGGCAGGACAGCCGGUGCCGCCGCAGUCCUGGCAGGCGCUGCUGGCGUUCGCGGAGCGGUACAACGGCAUGCGGCGGCCGCACGACCCGGCGCACGCCCUGUGCCUACCCGCGGGACCAGACUGCACCCGGUUGCACCUGCUGCACGCGGUGUGGGCGUCAGUGGCUCAGACCCGCGGCCGGCGCCAGGGCUUGUACUUCGACCCUUGGACCGGCGCACCCCGACUGGACACCGCCGCACUGCACUACGCCCUGCAGCUCGUGGCCAACCUGACCGCGGCGGCGGCGCCGCAGCCCGUGGCAGCAGGAGCGGGCUGUGGCGGUGACACCGGCCAAGGCGGCUUCGCGGCGGGCCAGUGCGCCGUCGUAUUGGAUACCUCCACAGCGCAGCUGCAGGCGCUCGCUGCGGCAAACGGCGCGAGCAGCGCAGUUACCACUACGCCGCCCUUCUUACCGCACGUCUUAGUGCAGCCGGCUCCCGGCUCGGAACUGGUCUGGGACAACGCUACCAACACGCUGCUGCCCUGCACCACCGGCGCUAGGGGCGGCCAGACCCUUUGCCCAGCGGGCGAGCCCCCCGAGCAGCUACCCCUGCUGCAACCACUCCAGCCGCCUCCGCCUGCAGCAGCACAGGCAAGCCCUCCACUAGGCCAGCGCCGGCAGCUGCGGAGUCGAAACCUGCGGGCACAGCCGGCGGCGGGUGCGGGGCUAGGUGCUGGCAGUGCUACAGCUGCUGCGGGGCAGGCAGCUGUCCUGGUGAACCGCAGCCCUCAGCUGACGGCCGUGUCCCUCACGGGCGUCAUUAGCUCCCGAGCCACACCCCUGGCCCAGCUACGGGCCUACCUUCUCCUCACGCACCUGGCUGCGCCGCCAGCAGCAGCCGCCGUGGGGAUUGACGGCAGCAACGGCACCACUGGAGGCAACAGCGGCACCGGCAGCGGCAGUAGCAGCAGUGGAGGGGCAGCGCUGCCGCCCAUCCGCACCUCCCAGCUGAUGGACGCGGCAAGCGGUGCAGGCUCAGCAUUUGUGGCGCCGGCAGGCGGGGCUGGGCUGGCCGCGCUGGCAGCUGAGGCUGUGCGCGUGACGGCAGCCGCGACGCAGCACACGAAUGCAGGCUGGCAGGAAUCCCUGCCUGCUGUGGCCGCCAUAAGGUCUGAGCUGCUGCAAGUCCUGUCAGCCGGGCUCAAGUGUGCCCCCGAGGCGCCUGGUGGCGCCGCGCCGCCCGGGUGCUGGCAGAGCCUGCAGGCAACGAUGGCGGGUGCGCAGGCCAGGGUGGCAGCCGCCUUCGCGCCCGCCGCCUUCCUACUGCAGUACCGUGAAGCCAUCGGCAUGCGCCUCGUGGGAAGUAGCUGGCCGGGGGACCCCAUGGACGGCGGUGGUAUGGAGGAACGCAGCACAGGGGGCGAUGAGGUCGGCAGCUCUUCCGGCGGCGGCGUGCGACUGGCUCUGCAGAUUGCCAUGCCUUGCGGCGUCGUGAUGGUGCUGGCGGCGCUGGCGCUGCUGCUGCAGCGGCGGCGGCUGACGCUGUUGGGGCACGUGGUGUCGAGGCUCAUGCCGCACACGCCACGGUGGAGCGCGCGGGCGCCGGACGCCUCGCCAGACAUGUGCCUUGUGGUCACCGAUAUUGAGUCCAGCACGAUGCUGUGGGAGGCCCUGCCGGCAGCGGUGAUGGACCGGGCGGUGGGGCUGCACCAAGCCUGCCUCAGGCGGGCGCUGGUGAAGCACCACGGCUACGAAAGCGCAACCGAGGGCGACUCGUUUAUCCUAGCGUUUGUAAAUGCUGCGAACGCACUGGCCUUUGGACUGGAGACUCAGGUCGCGCUACUGCAGGUCGCCUGGCCUGCGCGCCUGCUGGAAGAGCGGAUGUGCUCGCCGGUCUACACGACGCUGCCAUCGGGCUUCCCGCUGCUCGCCAGUGCAACCGCGGCACGGCCAGCAGCUCCAGCCGACGCUGGGAACCACCCCACCGGGCCGCACCAGCCUCCCCCAUCCCCGCCUGCCCCGCCACCUCCUUCGCAGCUGCUUUCCUUCUUACCAGGGCCUACGCACUCAGCUCACGGGCCCUCCCAAUCAACCGGAUGGUUGAGGCCCUGGGAGACGCCGUUCGAGGCGGCUCUGCAGGCGGCCCUGACCGUCAGCCUGCAGCAAAUGGCGGAGCAAGCGACGUCGGCUGCCACGGGCGCGGCUGCGGCAGCGCUCGGAGAGGAUGACACCGAGCCCCUGAUGGUCCUCGAUGUGGGUCAUGACACGCUGGAGGCGGACGUGCCGACCACGGCGGACGACACCUCAUCUGAGCUGUUCGCCAUGAGCGGCGCACAGCCGUACAUCGACAGCGACAGGGCGCCUGCCGGCGGCGCCGCAGCCCGACCCACAUCGCCGCAGCCGGGAUCGCCACGCCAGCUGCCAGGGACGCGGUGCACGUCGCACACUGGCGCUGCCUCCUACGUCCCGCCCGGCGCCGCAUCCGCAACGGCAAAAGCAGCAGCUGGCCGCGGUGACAUGGCCACCGCACAACGCCGCCCCUGGCGCAGCCGCCCGGCGCGAGGUGGCUCCACAACCGGCGGCUUGAGCAGCAGCACCGGAGCCGGGCACAUGCGGUCAGGCAGCAGCGCAGCUCAUUCCGCCGGCAGCGGCGUCGCCCGCCCAGCCUCUCGAGUAGCGGCCUCUUGCAGCGGCAGCGACGGCGCGAGUAUGUUUGCGAGCGGGCCGGUUGUGGCCGUGGCGGGCGCCGAGUGCCUCAGCCCGCAGACCUACUCGCAGCCCAAGCUGGGAUGGGAGGCGCUGGCAGCUGCCGCGGGGGCUGCGCCACAGCAGCUGCAGGAGCCAACAGCGGUGAGCGUAAGGGCCCUUCCCAUCGCCGCGUUGGCCCAGGCAGGGAUCAGCAGAGGCCUGACGACUGGCGCCACAGCUCUGGGCUCCGGUGGCAGUGGCGACCCUACGCCCCCAGCAUCUGGCCACCUCCACCGCCGGCGGCUGUCAGUCGACAUCCCCCAGCAGCAGUUGAUAGAGCCGCCACAGGGAUACGAGGAGGACGACGCCAUGACUGAGUAUGACGUGCCUGCAGACCAGGCAGCAAAGCCACUGCCGUCAACGUUCACACUGCUGCCGCCCCCGUCGCUGACCAGCACGGUCGAGCCCGGGCCGACGAGGGCGGGCAUCGCCGCGGCGUCGGCGGCCGCGUCGGCGGCGGCCGUUGCUGCUGCGUCGCUGCUGUCGGCGGGCCUGGGCCGCAGCGGCGUGCCUGGCUCGGGUGCUACCACCUUGGGCCAAUGGAUCGUGCAGCUGGUGAGCUCGACUGCGGGCGCCGUCACGCGCGUGCACGGCCUGUGCGCACGCACGACCUUCACAGCGACGGCCGAGGAUUCAGGCGCGGCCGGCGUCUCCAGGCCGGCGGCGGCGGCGGUCGCUUACAAGCCGCGCAGUAGGCUGCUGCGCAACUGCGGUACCAAAGCAGGGCCGCACGGCGACGCACUCACAGUGUCGCGCAGGUCGCUAUCUGACGACAUCAGCCGGGUGUCCAGGACAGAGGGCGGCGCGGUCAGUGCUUCUCUUGGACACGGGCCAGGCAGGACUGCGUCAGGUGCGCCCUCGGCGGCGCAGCAGCUGGGCCAGACGUGUGUCUUUUGCGGUCUGCGGGUGCGGGUAGGUGUGUCGCUGGGGCCCACCAACCCGGCCGAGGUGUCGCACAACGCGGCCAGCCAGCGCACCGUAUACGGCGGCGCGGCGGCGGUGCUGGCCAAGGCUGUCAGCGACGCGGCGCACGGCGGCAUGGUCACGCUCACGGGCGACGUCUUUUCGCGCCUGUCUGCGCUGUCCACAUCGGCAAGCGGAGGAGCGCCCAAGCUGCCGCCACACGUGGCUGUGAAGGCCGGUCGCUACGCGCUCAGCGACGGCGACGGCGGCAUGGACCUGCUGCUGGCCUGGCCCGAGUCACUCACCACACGCAUGGCGCUCAUGCCGCCUCCCAGGUGCUCGGCGCGGGCGCUGGGUUGCAGCGUGUACGAUGCACCGGUGGCGGAGGCGGCGGUGGCCAAGCUGCACAUCCCGCACCUGGGCGCACUCAUGGCGGCGGACGAGCCGGCCACGCGGGCGGGGCUGGCGCUGGUAAUGGAGGUGGCGGCGCGCGAGGCGGCGUCGUGCGGCGGUUACCUGGCCGUUGCGGCUCAGCCGGAUGCGCCCACGCGCCAGCUUAUGCCCAACAUGGUCAACGAGUCGGUGCUGCUGACCGCGGCCUUCGGCACCGCCCUGGACGCCGCCCGCUGGGCGCUGGCGGUGCAGGAGGCCCUGUCGGCGCCGGACUGCCCCUGGCCGCCAGCGCUGCUGCAGCACGAGCUGUGCUGCGAAGCCAUGCUGCCGCUCCUCGAUGCAGCGGAACUGGCGGCCGCGGCAGCGACGGCCGCGGCCGCCACCGUGGCAGCCACCGCCAGUGCUGGUGGUGCCCGCGAGGCUCUCUUGAGCCGCGCGACACACAAUGGUGGCAUGUACAGCUCCCUGCCGCUGCCGCAGCCGCCCUCACAUACAUCCGCCAGACGCGGCCUGGCCGCACUUCAUUCGCUCAAGCUGGCAUCGUGGAGGUCCAACACCUCGGCGGCGCAGGCGCAGCCGCAGGCGGUCCCGUGGGCACCGCUGCCGACGGCACAGUCGCGCGUUCACGCCGGCUCGCCGCCCAUACGUCCCAACCAAAGCGCGGAGCCCCUGCCGCGGCUUCGGAUGCCGCCGCACUCGCAGUACCACAGCCACAACAGCAGCAACAGCCCGUACCACCGCGGCAGUCACCCGCAUCAUUACCACCACCAACAACAGUUCCCGCCCUUCCCGCAGCCACCGCAGCUGAGGCUACCGCAGCAGCAGUACCGGCGCGCCAGCCGCAGUGACUUUGGGUAUGCAUCCCUGGCCACAGGCCCUGAUGCUGUGGAUGCGACCGCCGGCGUAGAUCUCACCACCCACCGCGCAAGCCGCGGCCUGUUCCGCUCCUCUACAGCCAACACCGGCGUCGCUGUGUCCGCCCUGCCGUCCACGGCGAGCACUGGCGGCACCGGUGGCGGCGAGGGCGGCCACCAUGUCGCAGGACGCGGCCUCAGCGUCAGCAGCAUGCGCUUUCAUGUCCACCGGGCACUGUUCCCGCGUCAGCAGGCCGAUCCUGCGAACCAGCCGCGGCCGUCGGCAGGCGGCGCUGCACGCUCCGCCACUGCCGGCGGCUCUGCUGGCGCCUGCACCGUGGAGGCCGUUGAUGCGGUGGAGUUGCUUGGGGCAAGCUCCGUGCUGUCAGCGGCAGGAGGCCUGUCCGCGCGCUCGACGUCGACGCCGCGGCUGCACAUCGCCGGCACUGUGUACCGCGGCGGGGCCUUCGCUGCCAUGCUUGAGGCGCGUGGCGGUGCUGCUGUCAGCGACGAAGCUGAGUCUGCGGGUUGCGCGUCCCCCAGGUCUGCGACGCCUGGGCCUGUGGCCAGCCUCAGCAUGGUCCCUGCAUUCUAUGACGCAGAGCUGGAUUGCGGCGUGGCCGUAGCUGAUGGCAGCAGCGGCGCACGCCCCGGCGGCCAGCCGGCCGCGACGGGCGUGCACGGCAGCGCGCGGGGCAGCGCCAGAUCUGGCCGGCCUUCCUCGCUGCUCGUCCUGCCGUCGCCGCGCUCAGGAGCGCCGGUGGCGGGUGUACCUUCAGCUUCGAGCUCGCUUCUGCUUGUGCCCGAGACAGAGCUGCAGAGCAUACCGUCGCGCGGGCACCACCGCGCCAGCCUGGCCGGCGGGCGACUGUCCUUCCUCGGGCCGGGCGCGCGCAUGUCUGCGUCCGUCGCCGCCGCUUCGUCUCCCACCUCUAGCCGCGUGGCCACUGACGCCGGCCCUGGCGGCGGCGGAGCUCCCAGCAGUACUGCGGAAAUGGGCGUGGUCUCGCCACAGCACAGCGUGACAGCGAUCAGCACGGGCGGCACAAGCAGCCCCCAGACCAACACCGCCGCGCCCCGAUCGCUCGACGCGAGCGACAUGGCGAUGAUGCGCGCGCUGGGCAAGAGCUCCAUCGGCCCGCUGCAGCAGCGGCCCGCCGUGAGGUCACCGCGCUCGUUCGCGUCCGCCGUGGGCACUAGCAUGCCGGUGCCGCCGUUGCACGCCGUUGCCGCUGCCGCCGCCGAGCAGCAGCCCCUGAACGCUGCUUCCGCGGCCGCCAUCCGCCUUCCCGCCCACACAGCGAGCCCUCGCGGCGGCGCCUUCGCCGGCGCCGGUGCCGGGCUUGAGCCGGGGCCGAGCGCAACGUACACGGACACCGACACAGACACCGACGUGCCUCAGCGGCAGCGGCAGGUUGUGUCGAUGGGCGGUAGCGCGCCUGCAGCGUUUGCAUCGAUGACAGGCCUAUGGAUAAGAGCUCGGACGGCUGCUGCAGCGCUGCCCCUGUCACCGCCGGCGGGCGCGUCGCCGGUCCGCGCUGCGCUGCCGCCCAUGCCACCGCUGCCACCCGUGCCACCGUUGCCGUCCAUGCUUCCCUAUAUGUCAGCUGCUCAUGGUUACGAAUCUGCAGGAGGCAGCAGCGGAAAGCUCCUGCGCCACCAGCCCUACUCAGCCGCUGGCGGGGGGAGCAGCGCCACGAGUGCCACCGCCCGCCACGACUCGCACAGCCCCAGCAGCACCGCAGCCAUGGCGUCAGCAGCCGCAGCCGCUGCUGCUGCCGCAGCGGCGGCUGCCGUGGCCCUGUCUCCCUUGCGCUCACAGCAGCCGAUGAUGGCGAGCGGCUCCCACCACGCGGCCCCCUAUCACGCGUCACCGACGAAACGGAACCUGGUGGCUGCCUCCACCUCCUUCCUCCGCCGUGUCAACCACGACCUUGCCAGCCGCCUGCGCCGCAAGAGCCGCGUGGUGUCUUCCCCCAUGUGCAACGUCGGUACGAACGACGCGGGCGCAGCGCCUGAAGGCAGCAUGGGUACACUCGGCAUGCAGGGCGCUGGCGGCGGCGGCGACAUGAGCCCGUGGACCAGUGCCAUGGCACCGCCCCUCGCCGUUCCGGAGGACGCUGUGGCUGAAGGGCUGGGCACGCUGCGGAACACCGCGACGGGGGAUUGGGAUUACCAGGCCGGCGAGCGCACCAGCAGCGCCGUGGGCGCGAUGGGUGCGGGCUUCGCCACAGGUCCAGGCGCCAGCGCGACAAGCAUCGGAGCCUGCGGCGCCCUGCGCCCGCUCUCCAUGGCGGGUGGGGGCGACUGGGGCUUCUCCUGGACGAGCGUGCCGGCCGCCGGUGGCUGGCCCGCGGAGGUGCCCGCAGCGGCUGCCCUGGGCGCGCUGACGGGCAUGGGGGUGGAGCUGGAGGAGGAGUGGGCAGUGCGCGCGCGCGGCUUCAGGCUGCAGUUCGGCAUUGACGUGGGCCGCGUGGACUGGCACGUCGCCGCCUCCGGCUCGCUCAUCCACACGGGCGAGGUGGCGCGGAAGGCCCGCCAGCUCGCCGUCAAAGCCGCCCGCCCCGGCCAGGUGCUGCUCAGCCGCCGCGCCGCCGCCGAGCUGGCGGAGAUGCAACUGCCGCAGGCGGCCGCCGCCGUCGCCGCCGCCACGGCCCUCGGCGUGCCGCUGGCUGGCGGCGGCGCCGCGCCUCGGGCGGCUCCGGCUGCGUCUACGGCAGCUGCGGCCGGCCCCCUUGCGGGCAGCGGCUAUGGACCCUGCGGCCUGGGUGUCGGCGCGGCCGCGCUGCUGUCGGCGGCAGUCCACUGGACGGGCACCGGCACGGAGGGGCACAGAGCGUCUGCCACAUCCAUUGACCCGAACGCGCCGCGGCCGAGCGUCACGGCCAUCGCGGGCGCCGGCCAGCCACAGCCGCAGGAGCCUCCGCCUCCGCCUCCGCCGCAGCUGCCGCGGCCUGUGGCGGUGGUGGCCGUGCGGCGCAGGGCCAUGUCACUCGCGAGUAACACGCUGAGCGUGUGCAAGAUGGCCGACACAUGGCAGGCCGCACUCAGCAGCAGCCUAGCCAUGACGCAGCUGCACCACAGCGCCUCCACAGCUACCGGCGGCGGCGGAGCGGCGCCGGCCUCGCCAUCCGUGCGCGGCCGCGCGACGCCCCUGCCGUCCACACCGGGUGCGGAACCCCGCAGCCCCAUGGCGAAUACCCGCAUGCCCCGCAAUGCCAGCGCACCGGCAGUCGUGCCGCCGCCACCUCCCUCGCCAGCGGGCUCCGCUUUCGCGGCGCAGCUGCUCCCGGGCGGCCCGCCACCUCUGCGUCCCCUGAGCUGGGGCAUGCCCGCAAGCAGCCUCACCCGCUCGCUGCAGCGCGCCGCGGCCGACGGCCGCACCACGUGGAUCUCGCGGCAGGGAAGCGGCAUGCAUUCGCAGGCUCCCUCUCCCCAUCAGAGCUCCCCCGCCGCCUCGCUGCCGCCCUCGAGGCGGAACAGCCUGGAGGCGGAUGACCAGCCUGCCAAGCCGAGCAUGGCGUCUGCAGCGUUAAGCGUGGUCGCAGCUGGUGCGGAGGCCGCGGCGUCUAGCUUCUACUCGCCAAGCAAGGGCGCUCCACCGGAUGACGGAGCCGCCAUUGCUGUGGAGGGUCCCGGGCGCUUGCUGCAGCCGCCGGCGGUGCCAGAACGGAAGCACGCAGAUCGGGAGCUCUUUCCCAGCGGCCUGCCCGCUGCGACUCCCACAGUCACAUGGUUUGCACCUGUGCAGACACCGCUGCCGGUUCCCUUCAGCGUUGCUGCUGCAUCCUCAUCGACUCCGAGCGCCGCGUCGCCGCAGCUGCCCUCGGAUCGCGCUACUGGGAGCAGCCGCCGCCCCAUCCCGCUCGCCUUCCUGACCCCCGCUGCAGCUGGCACCCCAGGCUCGCCCGCCGGGCCCGCGGCCUGCGGCAUUGCGCCCAAUGGCGCCAGUGGCGCCGGGGGCACUGCAGUGCCGGGCAGCAGCUUCAGCAACGCCUCUAACACGCUCACGUCGCCGCAAGGCGCGCUGCUAACGGACACCCUGCUGAGCUCGGAAACCUUGCCGAGACGGAGUGCCGGUACGACAUUGAGCACCAAUCGCAGCCGGCGCAUGCUUUUUAUCCAGGGAUGGGACAGCAGCCGCAACCUCACCCUUUCGGGCGGCCCCACGGCGGCUGCAACAAUGGCGGCGGCCGCCGCAGCAGCAGACGCCGCUGACGGCCGCCGGUCGGCUGCCGGCAUGAUGGGAGGCUUGGGCGCCGGCGUCGCGUCAGCGUUCAGGGGCGCGAAGCAGCUGGCGGCGAAGCUGGCGGGCCGCGGCAACCGCGGUGGCGGUCGCCACAGCGCGCAGAGUGAAGCUGGCGGAAGUGUCGCAAGGACGAGCCAGCCGACGCCGAGCGAAGGGUCUGCCAACGGUCACGCGGUCUCCGACGUUGGCGUCACCGCCAAUGGCAGCACGGGGCAGCAGCACAUGUCGGGUGGCUUCCGCCGCACGUCACACCCGCAGCCGACGCGGCCCCCAAACGGCAGCCUGAAGCCGCAAGCGCCGCUGUUUGCGCUCUUGGAGUCGGCACAGCAGCCAUCGCCAGGCGAGCAGCACGGGCCGGCGGGUAGGCACGGGAGCGGCGCCGGCCGCGGUAUCCAGGGCAGCAGUGCGGGGGCUGCAGCAUGCGGGCCCACAGGUAUCACGCGUCGGUUCGCCGAGCCGUCCAUCAUUGGCUCGGCGGUGCCCGAUAUUGCAGGAUCAGUGCUGCCUGCCGAUGACGCUUCAGCAGACCCUGGCAACAAUGGUCGCAGCCCCCACGACCCUGCUGCGGUCAAUGACUGCCCGGGCCGCUCAUCAGCGCCUGCGGCUGACCGAGUCAACGGGACCGGGCGCAGGUCCAUGGCAGCGCCCAUCGCGAGCGCGGGCGGCUGGCAGCCGUUCAGCUUCUCGGCUGCCGAGCCCUGGCGCGGCGGUGCGUUCACAGGCUCCCCACACGGCCAACCGGUCGACCUGCAUGGCAGGUCACCGGCUGCGGCCGCCGCCACAGCGGCUGCGGCCCAUGCCCUGGACACGGUCACCGAGGUAGAUACGUCACUCGGCAGCGGCACUGAACAUGGGGGCGAGGGCGACGUUGACGUGCAUGUUGCGGCAGAAGCCGCGGUUGAGCAGCAGGCACCGCCGCAGUCGUGCCCUGAACCUGCCCCGCCUGACCAGCCGCUGGUGGCUUCUAACGCCGUCGCGACCAGCGUGCGCGCAGCGGCAGCGCACGCUGCGCUUGCCCAGCGCUUAAUGAAAGGCACAGUAGUGGCACACGGCGAGUCGCUCGUCACCAGCUGCAGCCUCGCGUUUGAUGCCGCCGCCAUCAGCCCAGUCGACACACCCACACUGUCUCGCGAGCACUCGGUCACAAGGGCCGGCCGCGGGCAAGGCGGUGCAGCUGGCGCGGGCCCUCCCGCCAGCAGCUGGGCCCCCGGCGGGCUGAGCGCCGCCCCGCCGGGGGCCCGCAACCAUCUGGACCUCAUCCUCGCCAACGGCAGGCCGGACCUGGAAUCCGGCACGGCCGCUAUUCCAACCAUUGGUGACUACGUCACGCCCGCGGACGGCAAGGGCCCGUCUGUCCCGCAGCUGCUUCUCGGCCGUGCGCAGGCAGCCUCGGCCGUUGCCUUCGUUGGCUCCUACACCGCUGGCAGCAGCCGAGCGCCGCACCCGGGAGGCAGCAAGCGGUCCUCAGCAACCAUCUCGCUCGGCUGCGGCAGCAGGGGCACGCUGCCGCACAACGUGGGCAGCAGCGCUGGCAGCAGCCGGCGCUCGGCCUCGCAGCUGUUGCCGCUGUCGCCCAUGUGCCUGUCUGGCGCCGGCGGCACGGGCGGCUUCGGCUUGCCCGUGCCGCAAAUCGCCGCAGCCGUGCACUGGUGCUACUCGCAGCUGGCUCUUGGCGCGGGCGACAGCGGGGCACCUCGGGCCGGCAGUGGCAUGGUCCCCGCCGCCUUCUCCACCGGCAGCAGCAAUGCCGUGGAGCACCUAGCUGGCCUCGCCGCGGCCACGGCGGCAUCCGUACGUGGGGGCCCCGGCGGCGAGCGCGUGGGAAGCCUGUCGCACCUGAUCCCCGCCGCCGGCUCUGGGCAGUAUUACCUUACACCGCAGCAGCUGUUGCUGAUGGGCAGCGGCGGCAGUGGCAGCACCGCCGGCUCCGCGGGUGGCCCCGUCGUGCUGCACGCAAGCACUUGCUCCGCGGACGCGUCGCAAGGCCACCCCGCGGGUGCUACUGGUGCUGCAACGGAUGGGCCAGCGCGGGACAGCGCCCGCGCCAGCCGGUUUCACCUGAUCACCACCACCUUCAGUGACGUCGCAUACACGCUCGAUAGCGGCCGGGGCGCAGCAAUGGCUGACGCGGCAGCGGAAGGGACGGCAGACUACACAGGGGCGAUGGCCAUUGCAGACGCCAGCAUGUGCGUGACUGCGGAACAGCGCGCCCAGGCUGGUGCGGACGUCUACGACAGUAGCAGCAGCAAGGGUGCCGGUAGCGCAGGUAGCGCGGGCAGCCUCAGGAUAAGCCUUCAAUCGCAGCUGGCGCGACAGGCUAGGAGUGGCCUCACCUCGUGUGGCGGCCUGCCGACCGCAGGCGACUGCAUCGUGACGCUUGGCGGAGGCAUGUGCGAACCAGGCGCGGCCGCAAUCCUGGUUGCGGCCGGGGCUCUCGGCAGCUUGGGCGCCUCGGCUAGUGGCGAGGGCGACGGCGACGUCAACAGCUUUGAGCUGGUGCUGGGUCUGCAGCCGGUGCGGCUGCCGCUGGGAGCAGCGUCUGUGAACACUGCGCCGCGGCUGGUCCUAGGGCCAGGGCCGGCGGCCACGGGUUCGCCGGUACCUGAGGCAGCGGCGGCAGAAACAAGGGCGGCAGCAGAACAUGAGACGGGCAUGCAGUCCCCUGGAGCAGUUGCGUCGACAGCGGCAGCGCCGCCAGUUUGAAGGGAGCUAAGCCACAGGACCGACCUGCAAGCCGCCCGCGGAAGCGGGCUGGCUCUGAAUAAUGGAGUUGUCUCGGCGCGUGCCGACUAGCGCGAGGGAGCGGUGACAAGUUUUCUUUGUGUGCACUUGCUUGUCCAGGGCUACACCUCACAGUGGGGCAGAGAGACAAAGACAGCCAGUGAGGAGAGCGCAAGCCACAGCAGGUAGUGAGCGCGGCACUGUAUUCAUGCAUGGGUAGCCGGUUCUCGUGACUUGUCCUUCAUGGCAACGGCAUGCGUUGAUGCGCCACGCGUGUGUUUGCAAGCCUGGCCUAUAUAAAAAUGGCUUACUAAACAAAGUUGUCCAUCCAAGCACGGCCCAUGUGACGUCUGGGACAAUGCACCAUGCCAAGCCUACUUUGCUUCCUUUGCACCUCACCAUGGCCCCGAGUGCACCGGUUUUAUGUGUUGAAAUGUGUUGAAAUGUUUAGGUUGGCUUUGGAUUGGGGUUGUGAGCCAGAGCAGCCGCGAGCGCUUGAAAGGAAGAGCGGGCUGGGGCAUCGCUAUGGCAUCUGUACAUGGGAUGGGUCACUUCGUGGAUGACCAGUUGCUGCGCUUUGUUUGUGUCCAACGUCUGUUUUAUAUCUUCCUAAGCGUGGGCUUGUUGCUGAAUCCAGCAUUGAGCACCGGGUGCAGGUGACAGGUACGCGUCCGGGCUGUUUAUUUGCCUUCGUGCCAGUCCAUCCGCGUUAUGAUGGGGCCGGACCGCUAAUCCGGGUUGUUGGGGUGCCGGGCUACUGUUGGGGUCGAUUGCCAGGCCGUGAUCAGGUUGGUGACAUGUUCUACGGGUUACAGACCUGCACGUACACGCACAAGGCGUCCAUGUAUGCAAGGAAAUAAUUGCGUCAGGGAGGCAAAGUGCCCUCCACGGGUGCGACAUGCCCCCACGGUAUUAGGGCCAUCCGUGACUCUCGCCAACGCCGUCAGGGUGGUACGAAAACACCAUGCGCUGCAGCUGUGCCGGUCCGGCCCUGGUGUGCCCGAUGUCGCCUGUGCUCGAUGAUACCAUAUGUAUGCGAGUUACGUUUCCAGUACAUACCGUAAAUUGCAGCUGCCGGUUGGGACUAGCAUUGCAUCAGGGGUUGGAGGGUUGGUGCAGCGUGUCGGGGAGAGCGGCACUGGUCUGACUGCGCUGGCAUGGGGCAAGAACAUGUGCAGGUUGCUUGGCGUUGCGGCACAGUGUGGCAUCAAGUUCAGAUAGGUACCAGCAAGCAGGCCCUGCGAGGCGACGGCAUGUAACCUGGUGUAACCUGUAACCACACACGACA